GAAAUAUCAUUGUUGUCAAAGUUUGGCAGUCCACUGUGUGUGUGGCUGCGUUUCUUUCGCGUGCUGCUCGUUUUUAGGGCUUCAUUUUUCAGACAAGUUUCUUAAGUGAUAGCACAAUGGCGAGAACUCAGAUGACGAGGCGACUCGGUGGAGGGUUCCGGCCGAGAGCGAGUAAGUUGAUGGCGAUCUGCCUGGGUGGCAUUGCACUGUUUUCAACCGGAGAGGCUGUUCCAGACAAAUUUCUCGAAGGGCUUCAAACUCGGAGUCUGCAGCAAUCGUCAGUUCAGACUGGACCGACAUUUGGCGAUGGAGUUGCCACAUGUGAGCUGAAAUCAGUCGCGGAACAAGCGGCGGCCGCAUCAACGAACGCGCUGAUACUGUCCAAAGGGAAGCUCACCGCUAAAUUGGUGUGUUCUGGUGAUGGCAAUGCUGCGGUGCCAGAAAGCCUAACAACUGUGUGUAAGCCAGGAAGAGCUGACGGCACGGAAAAAUGCAAAUUCGGGACAGCAACCGUUUCUGAAGGCACUGAAGCCGAACUAAAAUCCCUUCUCGGGGUUAACAGUGAUGUCAAGUGGGAAAUGAUAUCGACGUCAGAGACGGAUAACCAGGGUCAGACCUGGACCCUGACCUUAAAUGAGGGCGACCUACCUUUCAAAGACACCCCAUUCUUCGUGGGGUGUAAAAAGACUGCCAAAGGCAAGGCGGGAGCUAGUGGUGCCAGCCCAGACUCGUGCAAGGUGCCAGUUCACGUGGAAGCGAGGGCUUCUGCUGAAAUAAAUAACAUUGUCACGUGCGCAUACGGCCAGAAGAGCAAUGAGAAGGCCGUGCAGGUCGAGCUAACAGCAGAUCAAAGGUCAGUUACCAUCAACUGCGGCAGUGUCGGUUCUCCGAUGCCCGCGGAUCCGACCACCCAGUACUGCGAACCCGGUGAUGCAGAAUCGGGUACCUGCAAGGGCAAGAACUACGUCGACGUUCUGCCGAAGUUUGAGGCGAGUUGGGUAAAGCAUGACAGCCAGAAAAAUUCUGUCACCCUGACGAUCCCGGAUUCUGGAUUUCCGUUGGAGAACCAGAAGAUCCGGUUGGCGUGUGCUGUGAAAGAAGCAUCUGAAACGAAGGCUCACGCUGAUACUGCUACGGACACGUUUGGUCAAAAGUCGUCGAUUUGCAAUGUUUCCGUGACUGUCAGAGCAGGGAAUUUCGCUUCAUCUGCAAUAUCGAUCAUGAAUGCGGCAGCUAAUGCCCUCGGUGCUGUCGCCGUGGCGGGAGUUCUUGCCGGUUUCCUUUAAAUAGAGUCAGUGUGUUAGAAUUUCGCGGCGAUUUCUGAAUUCCGAUUUGUCAGAACCAGCUGUCGACGUUCGUGUCCCCCGGUUGGAUGUUUGCUUCUGAUGGCGUCAACACUCGGAUAUUGUUUGCCUAGCUUUUCUAUCAGGAGGGAAUGGUACCGCACUGUUCCGCUUAAAUAUGGUGUCCGUCUGCCUGGUGAUUCAUCCUACCCUCCUGAGCUGCCACGAUCUACGGAUGUCAGCAGCAUAGGCAGAUGCAACAAACACAUAUAGUUUUUGUCUACCAAGACCAGU